UAGUCAGUAUGAUUCUGAAUGUGUGUUAGCAUUUCGUCUUAGUUUCCCCUCCUUGAUUUUCAACGUCUCCAAAUGUCCACUCUCUGUCCCCCGACAGUAUAUCUUCCACCAAUCGCCAAGAUCGCGUUUUUCUCUGUCACCCAGCUUCUCGAUGCCUUGACCUAUUUGCAAUCACUUUACCAUCCAGAAGUCCGUGGUUCGCGUCGCAAACCGAAGGUUCAAGAUAUCCGAUUCGACGCAUUUGAGCGCUCGUAUUCCAUUCGGUGGCUCACCGUUCUUAUCGCCAAGCUCGAAAUCUGGCAAGAUUCAUUGCACUCUGGGGAGGUCUCAUUGGAUGAUCUAGGGAAACCAGAGCCCAGCUUUGCUCACGUGGAAAUGCUCGUCGAACGAGCAGCGUCGCUACUGGCGAUCUGUGCCGGGGUCGCUGCUGCGGGAACGAUAACUCGUAAUUUCAUUUUUGGCUCUAUGGAUGGGCAGAGGAGAGUGGAAGCCCAGCUGACGGAUAUUCCGCUGGAAAAUGAUGACUAUGGAAGUGUGGGAGCGCAAACAUGGGGCGGGGCAUGUGUCUUGGCGGAAAUGAUUGUGGAAGAUCCUAAGCGGUUUGGAUUGGAUUUGUCCUCUGGUGGUGCUGAAUCACGCAGGUUCAAUGUCCUCGAACUUGGAGCAGGAACAGGGUUGGAUAGGUUAUCAUCUUUCGAAAAUUGCGAGGUUUCUGUGUCCAACAUCAAUGCGAAUUUUCCCUCCACGCACGAUCCAAUUAUCUCGACCCAUUCCAUUACUACUCACUUCCUCGACUGGUCAUCAUUCUCUACUACUCCUCGACCGGAUUGUCUUUCAUGCCCAUUUGAUGUGGUCUUUGGUGCGGACAUCAUUUACGAAGCCCAACACGCGGUCUGGAUCAGAGACUGCCUAAAAGGGCUCAUGCGUUGUCCUUCUGAUGGUAUCGUAUCUCCUGCCACUUUUCAUCUUGUGAUACCACUUCGCCCAACACACGCAUUCGAGUCGAGCACGGUUGAGUCCGUGUUCCUCGAGGCAUGUGAUAUCGAUCCGAACGGCGAUGCCGAUCUCGUUAUACUAUCAAAGGAAUCUAUUACAUGUGAUGCACAUUGCGAUUAUACACGAAGAGGGGGUCUCGGUGAAGAUGUGGAGUACGUUUAUUAUAAAAUUGGCUGGUCUAAUGUACGAUUGUAGAGUCAUAGAAUCUAGAUCAUAGUCAUACGUAGAGUUUACUAGAUAACAUAGAGUUAACGUUUCAGUGCGGCGCUUAUGCUAGUGUC